CACUCACACUAUCCAAACCAAACCGCGCUCGGGCGCGUUUGACCCCCAAAGCCUGGUUCGUUUGACUAGUGUGAGUGCUCUGUACCGCGCCUGAGCGCGGUUUGGUUAAACGCGCCCGGGCCCACUUGCAGAGGUGGGCUGGAGCGCGGUUCACUUGGGCCAGGGCGCGAAAGGCUGUAGUGUGAGCGCAAUCGCGCCUGGGCCCGGAACAGGAAGCGUGACGUCAGUUGUGCGACAGUCGUUCAUUCCGGCAUUCGAGCAAUAUGGCUACAAAGGGUUCACUGUGGUCUACGGCCGAGGUUCAGUGUUUGAUCGAUAUCUGGGCUGAUGAAAGCAUUCAAAAACAACUGGAUAGUACGCACAAGAACUCCGAGAUAUUCGGUAGAAUUCGUGACUAUCUUUGUAGUCGUGGUUACAAGAGAACCAUUGACCAGUGCCGCGAAAAGUUGAAAAAGCUGCGUGCUCAGUAUCUGAAGGUACGAGAUGCACUCCGCAGAUCAGGCAGCUCAUCUGACGAAAAAGACCGGUUUCCGUGGUACGACGCAGUCGACAAAAUAAUCGGGCUUAAACCGAGCAGCCAACCGUGUGUAUUAUCUUGUGAAACACGUACGCCAUCUCCAUCAGCAACGACCGUUCCAGAGAACAAUGGACCGACGACGGCGUCGAACAACUCAACACUCCUUUCAGAGAGGUCUCACAGUGGCGAUCGUACCGAGGAGUCACCUGAGACUUCUGACACGAACGCAAGUUCGGACAAUGUUCCAACGCCCUCACGACAGUGCCGAAAGAGGAAAAGGAACACUGAUAUGGGUGACAUGAUGGCUGCCUUCCUGGACAUGCAGAAAAAGCAACAUGAAGAAUUCAUGCAAGGGGAGCAACAGCGUUCCAAAGAAGAGAAAGAGAUGCUGGAUAAUUGGAUGAAGGCACAAAUGGACAUGGAGGAGCGCCGGCAACAGCUGCAGAGGGAGGAACGUCAAGAAUCAAACAGGAUGUUCCAACAAAUGAUGAACAGACUGUUUGAUGCUAUGUUCCUUCAUAUCAUCAACACACACAAUUGUCCAGUUAUCAUAUGUCUCCACAGCACAGUUCUUAUCCUGCACGUCCAGCAAGACAAUCAACCCCAUCAUCAUCAAACAUUGAGCAUCCUGAACACUCUGUGUAUGAAGACCUAUGAAGGAAUAUAAUAUUCCAAAUGUCUUGAACAUAAACACUUUUUUUUUUUUUUUUACAUCUAAUGGCACUCUUGGACAGCCAUUGUUUAAUCUGUGCCUUUUUUGUUUGUCUGUAUGACCACUGAGUGGUUUAUUUUUUCCAAAAAGCUACUUAUACAGGUUUUUUUAUUAUUAAAGAAUCAUUAUAUAACAGCACACUACCUCUGUAUAUUACAUGGGUAAUAUACAUAACUGUUGAUUACAAUGUCUCAUUACACAGUGCACAGUUUAUAAGUAAUGAAGGACAUACUGCGCUUUAUAGUUUGCACAUAUUUUUCCCUAGAUGUGAUUUAAUAUAUUUAUACUUUAGUCAA